AUGCUCUUGAAACUUCUUAGAAAAAGCGAAGAAAUAGCACAAACAACAACGCUAGCAGUGGCAACGUUAAUGUUUAGAAACAGCGACGGUGGAAGGCUACUUAAAUCCUCUUUCUUAACUUUUAUGCUCCAAACAACAUUGAAUGUUUCAGAUUCAGAUUUCAGUUGUGAAAAAACGUUUGAGAAACAAUCAAAGAAAAAAGGAUUAACCUCAAUUUUGAGGAUUCACUUUCCAUUUAAUGAACUUCCGAAGCCGAAGCUUUACCUUGUACCAUUUUUCAAAUGGGGUUUUAAGACUCGGCUCGAGUCCGAACAUAAAGCUUUGUUAGUAUCUCUCUCAGAAGUGCUUGCAAUUAUUUAUGCCAUACAGAUGGUCACCUACGAAACAACCGCCAACAGUGAGUCAGAGAUUUCAGACAUUCAGCUUCUUCCUACUUAUCUACUUUUGCAAAUUAAAAAUUGUCUUCUGCAAACGCGACUUAGUUCUAAUGGAAAUCCAUUUCGAGGCAAAUUAAACACAUGCGACUUCGAAUUUUAUUCUCAUUUUCAUUUUCAUUUCCAAAUCACAACACAAAGCAAAAUAAAAUCAAAAAGUAAAUCAACAGCAACAACAGCAACAGAACAACCAUCAACGUUAAUUGGUUUUUGUGUUGAUUUUCACCCGCUCAAAAUGCCACAAAAAUAUUUUUGUGAGUGA